AUGAACAAGUCCAGUGGCUCAUACGAUAGCUCGCGGCCAGCUCCAACCCUGGGCAUGAGGCAGGGCGCCACAUUCGUGGUGAAGCCUUUGCAUGACCCAAGCGGAGAGUUUGCGAUUGUUCUUUAUGAUCCAACCGUCGACGAUAUUGAUGAAGCAACCCCCAAGGAACAGGAUAAAGAUGGCGAGGAUAAGGACCAGAAGCUGGAUGAGCCUCUCGUACAUAAAAGCUUGGCGGACAUUCUUGGGCUGAAGAAGAAGGUGGAAGAGCGCCCCAAAGUUCCAGUGGUAAUCGACCCCAGGUUAGCCAAGAUUUUGCGUCCGCAUCAAGUGGAAGGAGUCAAGUUCCUCUACCGUUGCACUACUGGAAUGAUUGAUAAAAACGCCAACGGCUGCAUUAUGGCAGACGGGAUGGGACUAGGCAAGACACUCCAAUGCAUUUCUUUGAUGUGGACACUUCUGAAGCAAUCUCCCGAGGCUGGAAAGACGACCAUCCAGAAAUGCAUCAUUGCGUGUCCCUCCAGUUUGGUUGGGAAUUGGGCCAAUGAGCUCGGAAAGUGGCUUGGGAAGGACACUAUCACUCCAUUUGCCGUGGAUGGAAAAGCUUCCAAGACGGAGCUCACCAGCCAAUUGAAACAAUGGGCAAUAUCUUCGGGCCGCUCUAUCGUCAGACCAGUACUCAUUGUUUCCUAUGAAACACUGCGGCUGUAUGUCGAUACAUUGAAAGAUAGCCCCAUUGGCCUGCUGCUUUGCGACGAAGGCCAUCGGUUGAAGAAUAAAGAGAGCUUGACUUGGACAGCCCUCAACAGCCUCAACGUGCAAAGGCGAGUAAUUUUGUCCGGAACGCCCAUUCAGAACGACCUAUCGGAAUAUUUCGCACUCCUUAAUUUCGCCAACCCAGACCUACUUGGAUCACAAAACGAGUUCCGAAAGAGAUUUGAAAUACCCAUCCUCAGAGGGAGAGAUGCAGCAGGCACGGAAGAAGACAGAAAGAAAGGCGAUGAACGUCUAGCCGAGCUUUCUGGCAUCGUUAACAAGUACAUUAUUCGGAGGACAAACGAUAUAUUGUCCAAGUACUUGCCCGUCAAGUAUGAGCAUGUUGUGUUCUGCAACCUCUCACAAUUUCAACUUGACCUGUACAAACAUUUCAUUGAUAGUCCAGAGAUCAAAAGCCUUCUCAGGGGCAAAGGCAGUCAGCCUCUGAAAGCAAUCGGGCUUUUGAAGAAACUUUGCAACCAUCCUGAUCUGCUGAAUCUCUCCAUUGAUCUCCCUGGAUGCGAGCACGCAUUUCCUGAUGAUUAUGUCGCCGUGGAAGCAAGGGGUCGGGACAGAGAUGUCAGGCCAUGGUAUUCAGGGAAGAUGAUGGUCCUUGAUCGAAUGCUGGCACGAAUACGUCAGGACACAAAUGAUAAGAUCGUCUUAAUCAGCAACUACACACAAACGCUCGAUGUCUUUGAAAAGCUUUGCAGGUCAAGAGCUUACGGUUGUCUCAGACUGGACGGAAAGAUGAACGUGAAGAAACGGCAGAAGCUGGUUGACAAGUUCAAUGACCCCGACGGUGAAGAGUUUGUUUUUCUGCUCAGCAGCAAAGCCGGUGGUUGUGGUCUGAACCUGAUCGGUGCAAACAGGCUCGUGCUGUUCGAUCCCGACUGGAACCCAGCAGCCGAUCAACAGGCAUUGGCGCGAGUUUGGCGUGAUGGCCAAAAGAAAGACUGUUUUGUCUAUCGCUUCAUCGCAACUGGAUCAAUAGAAGAGAAGAUUUUUCAACGCCAGUCUCAUAAACAGUCGCUUUCCUCCUGCGUGGUGGACUCCGCUGAGGACGUUGAGCGACAUUUCUCCUUGGACUCGCUCCGUGAACUGUUCCAGUUCAAGCCAGAAACGACGAGUGAUACACAUGACACCUUCAAGUGCAAAAGAUGCAGGCCCGAUGGCACACAGUAUAUCAAGGCCCCAGCUAUGCUCUAUGGUGACACCAGUUCUUGGAACCAUUUUGUGAACACCGGCGAUAAGGGGCCGCUCAACCAAAUCCAAGACCUUUUGAUUCGACAAGAGACUCAGGAGCGAGACGUCUCCGCCGUUUUUCAAUAUAUCAGCCAUUGA